GCAAAUGUGACGAUCCACCUGGUUGGAUCCUGCGAGGCAAUUAUGGAGGCAGAGCUGCCGCUGUUGACGGAAUCGAAUCGGAAGGCGGAAUGGGGAACGAUUUCCGGGGAGUUGAAUCGAGUCAAUUUCAUCGCCUUGCCGAUGAUUGUUGUGACGAUAUCGCAAUACCUUCUGCGUGUGUCGCCGAUGUUUAUGUUAGGGCAUGUGAGUUCUCUCGCUCUCUCCAGUGCUUCAAUCGCUACCUCUCUUUGCAACGUUACGGGAUACAGCGCGCUGUUUGGCAUGUCGAGUGCUCUGGAAACUUUGUGUGGUCAAGCAUAUGGAGCAAAGCAGUAUCGGAGAGUUGGAACGUUUACGUAUGGGGCUAUUUUGUGCCUCUUUUUGGUUUGCAUACCGAUUUCUGUUCUGUGGAUCUACACGGAGGAAUUGUUGUUGCUCGUAGGGCAGGAUCCUUUGAUUUCGGCUGAAGCAGGGAAAUUUGCGAUUCUGCUAAUCCCUACGUUGUUUCCGUACGCUAUUCUUCAAUCUGUGGUUCGAUACUUGCAGACUCAGAGUUUGGUCCUUCCAAUGCUUUGGAGCUCGUUAGCGUCGCUCUUCUUGCAAUUGCCCCUUUGUUGGUCGUUUGUGUUCAAAUUAAACCUAGGAAGUGUUGGAGCAGCACUGUCCAUAGGGAUAUCGUAUUGGUUUAACGUCAUUUUGCUGCUGCUUUACGUGAAAUACUCUGCAGACUGCCAGAAAACCAUCGCUCCAUUCUCCAGAGAAGUUUUUACAACCGUGAAGGAGUUCUUUCAAUUUGCUCUACCCUCAGCUGUGAUGGUUUGCCUCGAGUGGUGGUCGUUCGAGCUAGUAGUAUUGCUUGCAGGAUUGCUGCCAAAUCCACAACAAGAGACAUCAGUUUUAUCUAUAUGCCUCACAAUUACUUCAUUGCACUAUCACUUCCCAUAUUCUUUCAGCGCUGCUGCAAGCACUUUGGUCUCGAAUGAGCUCGGAGCAGGGAAGCCGGAGGCAGCUAGAGUUGCAGUCUGUGCAGUUUUGGUUCUAUCCACUGGAGAGUUUCUAAUAGCAGCCAUCACUAUAUACAUUCUCCGAGGUCUACUCGGCUAUGCAUUUAGUAAUGAGAAGGACAUUAUCGAUCGCGUGAAACAAAUGGCUCCUUAUCUUUGUGUGUCCAUUCUCAUGGAUAGCUCACAAACCGUGCUCUCAGGAGUUGCUCGAGGCAGCGGAAUGCAGCAUGUAGGAGCUUAUAUCAAUCUUGGGGCUUACUAUCUCGUCGGCAUCCCCGUCUCGUUAGUGCUCGGAUUUGUGUGUCACCUCAAGGGAGAGGGUCUUUGGAUUGGAUUAGUAGCAGGAGCCAUGGUGCAAACUGUGUUACUUUCUAUGAUAACAUGUCUCACAAGUUGGGAAAAACAGGCAGGGGAGGCAAGGGAGAGGAUUUUUGCAGGGGAUUCUGUAGCAGAAACUGAAAGACAGUGAUCGAAUGAAAGGUGCAGGUAAUUGGAAGAUUCAUAUUUAAUUUUGGGUUUCUUUCCAAAAAUAAUUUAUUGAAUUAGGCCCCUUGACCCCUUGAGAUAGAUGCUUCCAAAUUUAUAAUGCUCCAACUAUUCUAAAUACAGGAUUUCAUUUGAAUUUGAUGAUAUAUUAUUGGGGUCUACAGGGUUUGCUUUCACAUCAUAUUUAUAUUUAUAUU